AUGAGGCCGGCCAAAUCACCGCGACAUGCGCCGCCACCACCUAAUCGAACAUCCUCACACCACAAGUCUUCCGACAAAGAUGGCCAGCAGAGUACGUCAGAGACGAAAUCAGCGUCGAAGACACCCACUGCGGGCACGAAAGAGACCAGAGUAAUAAACGACCCCAUACAACCCACCAAUAUACGGCGGCCGACACAGUCACCGUUGAUGCAGGAUGGCGCCGGGCUCGAAGCCAUGCGUAAGAAGAUGGGCGAGGCCCUGGCACAGAAGCAGCAGCGCAAGGCGUCAAACAGCCCGGAAGUACACCAGCCACCAACUCAACCAAGAGGGAAUUCCAGCGAAGACUUGUCAGGGCUCACGAACGUUGAAUCUUCUUCGGAUGAAUCAGUCGGCACCGCUUCCGCAACAAUGUCCACCGACUCAGCGAGGACCAUUCGUGCUGGAUUCGUAAACACUCCCGGGUCUGUCAGGACACCCUCGUACCCGUUUCCUCGCAUGCAGAUGAAGCUCAACCGCUUGUCGAGUCAUCGGUCCGCUCCAUCGCAUAAGCCAUUCACGCUGUUGUCACCAACCGAAGGGCCUCUGGGCAAUAUCCAAUCGAUGAGCUCUGUGUUGGACACGUCUGAUCAAGGCACGCCGACUGGUCGUACAUCAGCCGCUAGUCAGACUGGAAUGCAGGAUCCCAACUACCCCAUGCCUGAUCUGUACGAUACAGUAUUGAUGCUGAACGCUGAGCCUGGUCUCGACAUGUGGUGGGCUAAUGUAUGCGACAUCCUGAGCGAGGCAUACGGUGCAGAUCGAGCGUCUCUCGCCUUGCCUGGCGAUAUCACAGAUCUCGAGAACGUGCCUUGGGGUCAGAAAGCGAGCUUUAAUGUGGCUGGUAGUGACGGCUCAGGUCUGUCGCAGCUUGACUCCUUGGGCACCUCCGAGGUUGAUUUUAGGUCAGCAAAUCGCCAGGCAGAGGGCCAGGAGUCGAGUCCGACGACCGCUACAAGGCCGCAGCUGCAAAGUCGCCACUCGAUCGCUGGUGCUCUGCCCGAGUUCAUCUCUCGGUCUUCCCAGAGACCAAGCGGCCCCUUGAGAGCCAACAGCUCCAUGGUUGCAACCACAGAAGAGCGACCAGCGCUUAACCCACCGCGACUGACUCGCCAGAUGCCUACACCACGAUCACAAUCGACGAUGGAUGUCCAAUCCGCAGCUCCGACUGAUCUCGCAUCCACAGAAGCAUUGCCGCCACGAUGCUUUGUCUUCAAGUCAUUACAACCCCUGGAGCAAGAGCCCGAUCCCUUGCUGGUUCGGACGGGCGUAUCAGCGCUCUUCGGCAAGAGUCGACCAGUAGUUCUUACUCGAACUUACAGUGAGGAGCCGAUAGGUCCUGAGCCGCAGACGCCCACAAUCCCAGGUCGACCGUCGACUUCAGGGACGAGGAUGAAGCGGCUGUCUUCCGAGCGCGCGGAUAAGCCCAUUCAGGCACUCAAAACAGUGAUGACAGCUCAGCCUGAUCCGACCGAAUCGCCGUUCUUCAAUCAAAGCUCCUCCGUGGAUGAAGGCGCUUUCCAACAAGAUCCGCCGGCUUAUGACUACGGCGCUUCUGCUAAUCAGAGCUUGAAUGCAAUUGGAGUGGAAGGAGCGAAAUCAUUGGUACAUAUUCCUCUGAUACAGCCGACUUACGCACGAGGAGCUAUGGCGUCGACCUUGCGCUUCCCCAUUGCGAUCCUGUCCUUCACGACGGCGCUCAAUCCGUAUCCUCUCACGCUACGCCAGUCACUGCUAUAUCUCCUGCCUCAUCUGGCGAGUUCCUUUUCACUCGCUCAGCAGUACAGCAAUUUGCAAGAUCGCGCCCGUGGCGGAGUUGCUCAGCGUCAUGGUGCUGCGUUCGGUCUCGGAGGCACUUUCUCUGAUGAAGGGUCCGAGCUUGAGUUGGUGGCGGAGUUGAGUGGCCAGGUACAAGAGAAGGACACAUUCGCGGCUGGGCUGAAAGCACAAGGUCUGUUGUCUAACGAACGAGCUCUUCUGCGAGAGAGUCCUUCUUCGUCAUUGGCAGGCACUCCAUACGACCACAAGGGCUUCACGCCCGGCAUGCCUCCCACGCCAGGAAGGCUAUUUCUCGCUAAGCGCCAGAAAGGCGGUAAGGCCGUCACGCCUGGAGGCCGGAAGCCAUCCGAAGCUCGCGGAGAGACAGGCGAAGACAAGAAAGGAGCAGCUUCGAGAAAUACGUCAGGACGUGCCCCUCAGAAAGAAUCGACCAUUCCCAUCUCACCUCGUGCGGGUAGUCAAACAUCGGAAAGCGACUAUGGCGAUGUUUCAGGAGCACUAGAUCGACUGGAGCACAGUCUCCGCAGAACAUCUCAGCAACGAACUGACUCCAUGACCAAAGAAGACCCAGAGAAGCCACUGCCUGAGCUGAUCGCGUCGCUGAUGCUCAAUGCGGUGCCAGUGCAGCUUUUCCUGGCUAAGCCAAAUUCUGGCGACCUCGUCUGGACGAAUCGAAAGUUCGACGCUUUCAGAAGUCAAGGCGAAGGCCGAGUACGCGAUCCCUGGAAGAAUGUGCACUCCGAAGAUCGCAGCGGUCUGACGAAAUUGUGGGGAGAAGCUAUGAAGACUGGCAGUCAGUUCACUCACUACAUCCGCGUGAAGCGAUUCAACAGUGAUUCCGACUUCCGGUGGUUUGUCUUCAGAGCGAGCACGCUGCUGUCGAACAAUGGCCGACUGUUGUACUGGAUCGGAUCGUUCUUGGACGUUCAUGAACAGUAUAUCAAAAACCUGGAGGCCAGUGAAAAAGAGGCAUCGAUGGCUCGCGAUGCUAAGAUUAGAGCGAUGGCAGACGCCAUCCCUCAGACUCUCUUCGAAGCUGUCGAGGGCGAGGGCAUCGUGGCUGUUAAUCAGCAGUGGCAUACUUACUCCGGACAGACUUUGGACGAUGCACGAGGUCUUGGCUUUGCACGGCACGUUCACCGGGAGGAUCUACACAAAUGCGGCGUUCUGUCUCCGGUCGACUCGCUGUCACUAGCGAAGCUAUCGAUCGAAAGCGAUUCGAGCAGUAGCUCCUCAUCGAACAAGACCAUAUCACAAGGUACGGCGGCGAAGAAAGGCCUUUUUGCGCCAGACCAGUCUGUGCUCGCAAACAUGCUGAAGCAGCAAUCAGUCAGCGAGGAGAAGGACGAGGAAGGCCGCUUAUCGUAUCUCACAGAAGUACGGUUGCGGUCAAAGGGAGGCGAAUAUCGAUGGUUCCUGAUCAGACUGGUUCGGGUCGAUCAGGCCUUGCUGUCGAGUGGUCGAGCUUCUUGGUACGGAACCUGCACUGACAUCGAGACACGUAAGGUCCUAGAGCGAGAGCUGAACCAGGCCAAUCAGAAAGUGCACCAGGAAAUGGAAUCGAAGACGAAGUUCUUCGCCAACAUGUCUCAUGAGAUCCGCACACCGCUCAAUGGUAUUCUGGGAAGUAUGCCAUGGUUGACCGAGUCUGCGCUGGACUUGGAUCAGCGACGGACGGUGGACACGAUACAAAACAGCGCGAACAACCUGAGGGAGCUCGUCGAUAACAUCCUGGACGUUACCAAGGUUGAGGCUGGCAAGAUGACGCUGCUGCCUAAGUUCUUCCAUGUCCGAACUCUAUGUGAAGAAGUGGUGGAUACCGUGUCUUCGAGGGCUAUCGAGCGUGGUCUGGAACUCAACUACUCGCUUGACGCCAAUGUCCCGUACAACGUCAAAGGCGAUCCGUUCCGUGUUCGACAGGUACUGCUGAACCUGCUGGGCAACUCAGUCAAAUUCACAGAACAAGGCGAAGUUUUCAUGAGCUGCAAGCUGCGCGAUGAUCCCGAAAGUGUCUCUGGCAGCGCGCCGUCUGCUCUCCUCUGCUUCGAGGUUGUUGAUACUGGUAGAGGGUUCGAUGUCGGCGAUUUCACACGCCUAUUUAAGCAGUUCGGCCAAUUCGGGCAUGGAAGCAACCACGACGCAGGCUCUGGUCUUGGUCUCUUCCUGUCCAAGCAGCUUGUGGAGAUGCAUGGCGGAGAGUUGACGGUGACGAGUCAGACAGGCGAGGGUUCUACCUUCAGCUUCUACAUCAGAGUCGGACUGCCAGCGCCUGGUGAGGAGACUUCUCCUCAGUCGACCGCACGGACGCCGCGACAUAGAAUGAGCUCGUCCUUGAGCUCACGAUCACAGUCGGCCACGACAAUGCUUCUGAGCAAGCCUGCAGACGGAUCUUCUUCAGUCAUACAGACACCAGGCUUAUCGAAAUACAUCGCUUCGCCACCGAUCCAGUCUCCGGACGUGCUACCGUCCAGCGUCGCGUCGCCGGCAAUCACAGCCACGGCAUCGGCUCAGCCCUCGCUGCGGUCCGACUCAAUGAGCCACGUUCUCAGCGGCUCUCCAGCUUCGUCACUCGUUCCCACACCUGACUCUCAACGCGACAAGGAUGCAACGCCCCACGGCGGAAGCACCACCACCACAACCACAGAUCGCCAGGCUAUGUCGGAGCAAGCGCUAGCCAUGCACUCCGCCCUCCGACGCACUCGCAGCGACAACGACAGCGCUGCCCUGUCUCUUGCCUCACAAGCUCAUCCCGCUACAUACUCCAUCGUCGUCAUCUGCCCAGCCGAACACGCCCGCGUCGCCAUAAAGCAACACAUCGAACACGUCGUGCCUCUCCAAAUCCCAACAAUUGUCACCACACUCGCCGACAUCGGCUCCUUCUUACAGCUCUUCAACGGACCCGCCGCUCCCACCUUCAGCCACAUCAUCCUCGACAUCCCUGCAUCCUCCGACGUCAUGCUCUUCAUGCGCCAGCUCGCUGCCCUCGCCACAACUUCGCCUGGCAUACAGAUCCCGGCACUCAUCAUCGUUACAGACCAUUAUCAGAAGCGAGACAUUCAAGAAGAUUUCAGCCUGCUGACAGCUCCGCCCAUCAACCAGAAAGCGUACUUGAUCCACAAGCCGGUGAAGCCUUCGGUCUUUGCCAUGAUCUUCGACCCUGCGCAGCUAAGGAAUCUGAGUAAGGAGUCGAGUCGGCGUGGAGAAGUGGCGCAGACGAGCCGGGACGAUUUCCGGAAUAUGGUUGAACGAGUCAAGGAUGUGGUCGGAAAUAAGGGUUACCGAGUCUUACUGGUGGAGGACAGUGAGGUCAAUCGAAAGGUCAUCAGGAAGUACUUGACUAAAGUCGGACUUGGCGAACUUUGCGUGGAGGCCCGAGAUGGCGUCGAGGCGGUGGAAUUUGUACGGGGUUCUGGCAUAAGUGCUGGCGACCGGAGCGGUGUCGUGGCAGCGGAACAAGCGGCUAGCUCCGGCGGCUUCGAUCUCAUCAUCUGCGACAUUCAGAUGCCACGCAAGAACGGCUAUGAGGCGUGCAUGGAAAUUCGUGCUUUGGAGCGCGGUGGAUCGGCGACUCCGGCAAACGUUACUGCAACUGCCGCCGCCACUGGAACGGCCAUUGCCGUUCCUGCUGCGUCAGCCUCUUCGUACCACACUAACGUCACUAAUAAUCUUCCAAGAAGACCGCCGAUACCGAUCAUGGCCCUGACCGCGAACGCGAUGCCCGAGGAACGCGCAGCGGCGGCCGCUGCAGGAUUCACAGACUACUUAACCAAGCCGGUCGAGUAUGGUGUUCUUGGGGAGAUGCUGGUCAGAUUGCUUGAGGGAAGGAGACGAGGGGAGUACGUGAACUACUUGGGCUGA